AUGCUGCCUGCUUCCGUCGCCGCAGACUCGGUGUUGUUAGCAUCUUUGAUCGCGGGCAAGCUGCCCGUCAUGCUCAACUGGACAACAGGACCGGCCGGGCUCAAGCAUGCCGCGAAGAAGUUGGAAGUCAAACGCGUAAUCACAUCGCGACGCUUUCUCGAUCGUCUUGGCGUCGAGAUGGAAGGUGUCGAAAUGUUCUAUCUCGAAGACGUUCGAGAAGAGAUUUCGACCUUCGAAAAACUCAAGACGCUUGUUGCCACUUACAUUGCUCCCAACGCAUUCUUGAAAGGAUUGCCUCAGCCGAACGUGGAUGACCCCGCCGUUGUGCUUUUUACGUCCGGCUCGGAAAGCCUUCCCAAAGCAGUGCCUCUUUCGCAUCGAAAUUUGAUAGCUAACAUCCGUGGCGGAAUCGACCACAUGGAUUUCCACCGCAGCGAUACACUGCUUGGGUUCCUGCCUCCGUUUCAUAGUUUCGGCUUAACGGCGACUGCGUUGAUGCCGCUGUUAACUGGAAUUCGUGUCGUACAUCACGCCGAUCCGACAGACUCACGAAUGUUGGCACGCGUCAUUGCGGCCUACAAGCCAACGCUCAUGUUCGCGACGCCUACGUUCCUGCAGUACAUCGUCAGCAGCAGUGAACCUGGCGAGUUGGAAUCGUUGCGAUUGGUCCUUGUCGGAGCAGAAAAAUGCCCGACUGCCUUGUACGAGCAGACCAUGAAAAUCUUACCUGACUUGGAAUUGCUGGAAGGGUACGGUAUUACCGAAUGCAGUCCGGUUGUCUCUGGAAAUCGACCUGGUCGAAAUAAGCCUGGAACUAUUGGCCUGCCGAUCGGUUGCGUGGAUACGUUGGUCGUACACCCCGAGUCGCACGAACCGUUGCCCCAAGGGGAAACAGGCCUACUGCUGAUUCGCGGCGAUUCGGUGUUCAGCGGAUACUACAAGCAUGACAAACCGCAACCAUUUAUUGAGGUGAACAGCCACCAUUGGUACAACUCGGGCGAUCUUGUCGCCAAGGAUGAAGAUGGUUUCAUACAGUUUCGCGGACGCAUGAAACGCUUCCUCAAGAUCG